CGGCGCUGCCCUGCGCCCUCAAGUCCCGCCAGCCACCCUCUCGGUCUGAGAGCCAGCGGAGCGGAGAGGGUAUGGGGUGGGCAGCGUGCGGGUUGCUGUGGCUGCUCCUGGGCAGCGUCAGGGCUCAGUAUGAGAAGUACAGCUUCCGGGGCUUCCCGCCGGAGGACCUGAUGCCGCUGGCCGCGGCCUACGGGCACGCGCUGGAGCAGUACGAGGGCGAGAGCUGGCGUGAGAGCGCACGCUACCUGGAGGCGGCGCUGCGGCUGCACCGGCUGCUGCGGGACAGCGAGGCCUUCUGUCACGCCAACUGCAGCCGCCCAGCACAGCCCGGGGCCUCGCACCCCGCGCCCGGCCCCGACGGCGAGAGCGGCGAAGAGUGGGCCCGCGAGCUGUGGCUCUUCGGCCAGGUCCUGGAGCGCGCUGCGUGCCUGCGGCGCUGCAAGCGGACACUCCCCGCCUUCCAGAUGCCCUACCCGCCGCGGCAACUACUGCACGAUUUCCAGAACCGCAUGCCCUACCAGUACCUGCACUACGCGCUGUUCAAGGCUAACCGGCUGGAGAAGGCGGUGUCAGCGGCUUAUACUUUCCUCCAGCGGAAUCCUAAGCACGAGCUAACAGCCAAGUAUCUCAACUACUACCGGGGGCUGCUGGACGCUGCAGAGGAGCCCCUUACGGACCUGGAGGCUCAGCCCUACGAGGCCGUGUUCCUCCGGGCCGUGAAACUCUACAACAGCGGGGAUUUCCGCAGCAGCACCGAGGACAUGGAGCGGGCCCUAGCUGAGUACCUAGCGGUCUUUGCCCGGUGUCUGGCAGGCUGCGAGGGGGCCCAGGAGCAGGUGGACUUCAAGGACUUCUACCCAGCCAUAGCAGAUCUCUUUGCAGAAUCCCUGCAGUGCAAGGUGGACUGUGAGGCCAACCUGACCCCCAAUGUGGGUGGCUACUUCGUGGAAAAGUUCGUGGCCACCAUGUACCACUACCUGCAGUUUGCCUACUAUAAGUUGAACGAUGUGCGCCAGGCUGCCCGCAGUGCUGCGAGCUACAUGCUCUUCGACCCUGAAGACAGCGUCAUGCAGCAAAACCUGGUGUAUUACCGCUUCCACCGGGCUCGCUGGGGGCUGGAGGAGGAGGACUUCCAGCCCCGGGAGGAGGCCAUGCUCUACCACAACCAGACUGCUGAGCUGCAGGAGCUGCUGGAGUUUGCGCACAUGUACUUGCAGUCAGAUGAUGAGAUGGAGCUAGAGGAGGCAGAAUCACCCAUGAAGCCUGAAGACCCUCCAACUGACACUGAGUUUGAGGGAGAGGGUGACUACGAGGAGGGUAUCUAUGCUGACUGGUGGCAGGAGCCAGAUGCCAAGGGUGACGAGGCUGAGGCUGAGCUGGAGCCUGAACCAGCAUGAGAUGGCAGCUGUCCCGUACCUCUCAAGAGCUUAGGAAGCCUGGGUGCAAUGGUGCCACCUCUCCCUCAACCUGGGCAGCAGCAGGAACUAUUUAUUUAAAAACUUAAG